AUGCCUUCCCAAGUGGCUUCUUGCAUGCGCCUUGCGCGGCAGUUCUCUGCUGAUCCAGCCAAGCACCAGCGCUUCCUCGCGCGUUCCUUCUCCAGCACCGUCCGCCGCGCCGCAAUCAACAAAGUCAUCGCCUCGGCCGAAGAAGCUGUCAAGGACAUGAAAUCGAACACAACCGUCCUCGCCGGUGGAUUCGGGUUAUGCGGAGUGCCCGACUCUUUAAUUAACGCCGUGCGCGCCAACUCCUCUAUCACCGGACUCACGGUCGCUAGCAACAAUGCAGGUGUUGAUGGCUCAGGUCUCGGUCUGCUCUUGCAGUCCAAACAAAUUAAGAAGAUGAUCGCUAGUUAUGUUGGCGAGAACAAGACCUUUGAGCGCAUGUACCUGACAGGAGAGAUUGAGCUCGAGCUUACUCCACAGGGCACCCUUGCGGAGCGGUGUCGCUCCGGUGGUGCCGGUAUCCCUGCUUUCUACACACCCGCGGCAUUUGGAACCGUUGUACAGACCGGUGACCUGCCACUGAAGCACAAUGCCGACGGUACCGUCGCGCUAUACAGCCAGCCACGCGACGUGAAGGUGUUUGAUGAAAAGAGCUAUGUCAUGGAGGAGGCUAUCAAGGGUGAUUAUGCAUUCGUGAAGGCGUGGAAAGCGGACAAACUCGGCAACUGUCAGUUCCGUUAUGCCGCGGCCAAUUUCAACGGCGCGAUGGGUCGCAAUGCAAAGAUGACGAUCGUGGAGGCAGAGCACAUCGUUGAGCCUGGCGAGAUCGACCCCGCCGCUAUCCAUCUGCCAGGUAUCUAUGUGAAGCGUGUCAUCCAGAGCACGACGGAGAAGAAGAUUGAGAAGUACACAUUUGCCAAGGAGGAGGGUGAGGAUACCUCCGCGCUGGGCAGUGGCGAUACUGCCAACAAGCGCGAGCGUAUUGUCCGUCGUGCGGCGAAGGAGUUUAAGAACGGCAUGUAUGCGAACCUGGGUAUUGGUAUGCCCAUGCUGGCGCCGAACUUUGUGGACCCCUCCGUUGAGGUGACUUUGCAGUCCGAGAAUGGUAUUUUGGGACUGGGACCUUACCCCAAGAAGGGCGAAGAGGAUGCCGACCUGAUCAACGCCGGAAAGGAGACCGUUACGCUGAACCCUGGUGCCUCGUGCUUUGGUAGUGACGAGUCGUUUGGUAUGAUCCGGUCUGGUCGGAUUGAUCUGACCAUCCUGGGAGCCAUGCAGGUUAGCGCCAAGGGUGACCUUGCAAAUUGGAUGUUGCCUGGCAAGAUCAAGGGCUUUGGCGGUGCCAUGGAUCUGGUGUCGAACCCAGCUGCUACUAAGGUCGUUGUGACUAUGGAGCACACUGACAAGAAGGGCAACCCUAAGAUUGUCAAGCAGUGCGAGUUCCCGUUGACUGGACCUGCUUGUGUCAGUCGCAUCAUCACCGAUCUCUGUGUCUUCGAUGUUGACUUUACCGAUGGUUUGACCUUGAUUGAGAUUGCUGACGGCGUCACCGUUGAGGAAGUCCUUGCCAAGACGGAGGCUCCUUUCAAGGUUUCUGAUGACCUGAAGCCCAUGUUAUAA